UGAUACUGAUUGCCGCCGUUCCUACACGGACUAUUAUCCAGGCUGGAUUUUUAUCAUAAUCGGCUUGUUUGAUAAUACCCAGCGUGAAAUAGCGUAAAAAUAUUUCUGCUGUCGCCUUUUGUCCAUUUAAGUUGAACUUUCCACUGCUUUAUAACAUUAAUGGACAGCCUAUGUCGAACAGUGUCGCGGAUAAAUUCGAGCUAAAACUGAAAAUGUUUGAACCCGGAGCAGCCGUGCGAGUGAACCGCUAAAUGCUACGUGUACAGUAACGGUUAACGUGAAGGAGCUAACGGACAGACAAGCAUGGAUUCCGAAUAAACCGGUUACAGAAAUGGAUUUUAACAUUUGAAUUUACUGGGCAAAUGUUUACGCGCUCUAAAAGUAAACCUCCGGAGGGACUGUGUGGUGAAAGUUAGCAAAGAGUUAGCACGGACGACAGUUUGGACUCCGUCAGCACUUUGAGACGAGAGAGGAUGGAGGAGUCAUAGAUUUGUCACAACACACAACAAGACUGCUGCUUCUUUUAUGUUAGUUUGACAAGCUGAAGCCUGUCUGUAUUUAUCUUCAUAACUGGCCUGAGAUCAGGCAGCUGGCCGUUUGUAAAGAUGAUGUAUUCUUCGAGGAGGAAGCCUGUCCUGUACUUCAGAGAGGAGAGGAGGUUCCUGUCUGGUAAAUGCACAGUGUACAAGCUGUUCGGCCUGUGCAUGGUGCUGGUGCUUGUCUCUCUGCUCUGGCUGCAGCUCAGCUGUUCAGGCGAAAUGUCUUCAUCAGUGUACGAAGAUGGACAUUCUCGCAGCCGCAGCCGCCCUUGCCCGGCCGAUAGCCGGGCGUCUGCAGCGGACGACCCCUCUUGGGGUCUUCACAAACUGGCCCUCAUCGUCCCCUUCAGAGAGCGCUUUGAGGAGCUGUUGGUGUUUGUUCCCUUUAUGCACACAUUCCUCAACAAGAAGAAGAUCCGCCACAAGAUCCUUAUUGUCAACCAGGUGGAUCACUACAGGUUUAAUCGAGCGUCUCUUAUUAACGUGGGUUACCUGGAGAGCGGUAACGACACUGACUACCUGGCGAUGCACGAUGUGGACCUACUGCCCCUGAAUGAGGCUCUGGACUACGGUUUCCCUGAGGAGGGGCCUUUCCACGUGGCCUCACCUGACCUGCACCCACUCUACCACUACAAGACCUAUGUAGGAGGAAUCCUCCUGCUCACCAAGAAACACUACCACAUGUGUAAUGGAAUGUCAAACCGGUUCUGGGGCUGGGGCAGGGAGGAUGAUGAGUUCUACAGAAGACUGAGAAAAGCUGAACUACAGCUGUUCAGACCAAGUGGCAUCACUACAGGAUAUAAAACCUUCCUCCACAUCCACGACCCAGCCUGGAGGAAGAGGGACCAGAAAAGGGUCGCAGCUCAGAAACAGGAGCAGUUUAAGGUGGAUCCGGAGGGGGGGCUGUCGAACCUUCGUUACCUGGUGGAGUCCCGACAGGAGCUGACCAUCAGUGGCGCUCCCUGCACCGUCAUCAACACCAAACUGGAGUGUGACCAGAACCAGACACCUUGGUGUCUUCUGGCGUAGAGGACGGGGGUCGUGUGAGUCCUGUCUGUUCCCUGGGAGGCUUUCAUGUUUUUUAUUUAGCUGUACUACAUGGACCUUUUUGGGUGAGUGCAGGUCGUGAGGCUAAUUUGUUUUUCAGUGGAUGGCACUGAUGGGUCUGUCACUGGAAUACUCGUUGGU